UUGGAGUGAACGGGUCAACGUCAGGAACUAAAAACCAGAAACAGGAGCAAGAGCAGGACUAAGCACUUCCUUCAGUUUACACAGACACUUGAGUGAAAACGAAAGCGCAGCAAAAGGACACAGCCUCAAGGCGGAGAGAUUCAAGGAUUCUAAAGAAAAAUCGAGCUUUAAGGCAGCUCCUUUCGUGACACAGUUUUCCCGCCCCCAUUGGACGGCAGCUGUCGUCUGGAAAAUCGAUUAACUGCAACUGUCGCUCGAGAUCCGAAGGUCACUCGAUUUCGAUUUCGAUUUCGUUUGGAGCCACAAGCAACCACAAAGCCUCAACAACGGAGCCCUUAACCCACCAACGCCGCCAAGGACGACGACGACAGCCGCAGGAGCCGCAGGAGCCGCCGAACAAAAGGAAAACCACACCGCACCGGUAGGAGGAGGCCAAGGAGGAGGAGCAGCCAAGGAGCAGCGGCUUUCCGAUGGCCUACCUAAUCAACAUCCUCAAGUUCAAUGUGAAAUACUUAAAAAAUCAAUAACUGGACACGCCACCGAUCCCUGGAGGCGCACAAGGAGCAGGACUUGAUUCACCAGGAUUCAGUUUUCAUUCAACAAAAAACCAAAAAAACAACAAAAAAAGGCAGGAAACCAAAAAGUAGAAAAGGGGAAGCACACGCCACACUUGCUCUCUCUCGCUCUCUCUCUCUCGCCAUCUCUUUCACUCACCUGGCUCGUCUUGUCUCGCUUGCUCCCAUCUCUAUCUCUCUCUGUCUAUCUGUCUCUUGAACUGAAUUUGUCGUCGCCGCCGCCGCCGUUGCUGCUUUUUUGCUGCUUUUCUCGCCUCGUCACCCCACUGUCGGGUGGCCGGACGACGGACAAUGGAAAAGUCUGGGAAAUUUUCAGAUUACCUCUUCGCCAAAAUGGGUCCCCCCACCGCCACCGAGCUGCCCCCCAAGACCACCGAGCGCAGCGAUGCCCCCGUCGAGCUCACCGGUUACCGCCGAUGGCUAAGCGAUAAUCUAAUGCUCCUGGUAACACUUUCCGGAGUAUUGCUCGGUGUCAUAUUGGGCCUUUCGUUGCGUCCCCUGAACUUGCACGGCGACUCUAUUAUGCUGAUCUCUUAUCCUGGCGAGCUGUUCAUGCGAGUCCUGAAGCUUAUGAUCCUGCCGCUGGUCAUAUCCAGUCUGAUUGCAGGUUCAGCGAGUUUGAAUGCCAAAAUGAAUGGCAAAAUAGCGCUGCGGACUUUGGUUUACUUUGCCAGCACUUCGUUUUUCAAUGCCGCUUUGGGAAUUGCUUUGGUUCUACUGAUCCAUCCUGGAAAUCCAGAUUUGCACAAUGCCGACGAUCGAUCGACAGACAGACGGGCUGUGAAUCUAUUGGAUAGUCUUUUGGAUUUGGGCAGAAACGUAUUUCCGGACAACCUGUUUCAGGCCUCCAUUCAGCAAGCACAUACCGUUUAUCUACCGAAACCGAGCAUUUUGCACGCCUUCAACGAGACCAUGAACGACACCCUAAACUCUGGAGGCGGCGGCGUAGAGGCCCAGCGUCAGGCGGAGGAGCUGGGCGAGGAUGUGGUCCUGGUGCGCGAUGUCCAGUAUCGCAGUGGCACCAACACCCUGGGCAUCGUCUUCUUCUGCCUCGUCUUUGGCACCUUCCUGGGCACCAUCGGUCAGAAGGGUCAGGUUGUGGUGGACUUCUUUGCCGCUAUUUUCGAGGUGAUCAUGAAGAUGGUCACCUGUGUGAUGUGGCUCACUCCGGUGGGCAUUAGCUCCGUGAUCGCUGGCAAGAUUCUCAGCGUGGAUGACCUGGGACUGGUGAUGGCGCAACUGAUGUGGUUCAUCAUCACGGUGGCCAUCGGGGUGUUCCUCUACCAGUUUGUCGUGAUGCAGGCCAUCUACUUUGUCGUCGUGCGUCGCAAUCCGUUCAAGUUCUACGCCGGACUCAUCCAGGCCAUGCUCACCGCCUUUGCCACGGCCUCAACCGCCGCUGCUCUCCCCAUAACCUUCCGCUGCAUGAACGAGAAGCUAAGAGUGGAUCCUCGCAUCACGCGAUUCGUCCUGCCCAUUGGAUGCAACAUCAACAUGGAUGGUACUGCAUUGUACAUAGCCGUGGCCUCGAUCUUCAUUGCCCAGAUGAGUGGCAUGGUGUUGGGAUUUGGGGAACUGCUCACCGUGCUCCUGACCUCCACGGCGGCCUCCAUGAGUUCGGCGAGUGUGCCGAGUGCUGCCCUGGUUCUACUCCUUGUGGUCCUCACCGCCAUCGAUGCACCUGUUCAGGAUGUGACGCUGCUCUUUGCCGUGGACUGGUUUGUGGAUCGGAUUCGCACUACAAACAAUAUGCUGGGCGAUUGCUAUACCGCCGCCAUUGUGGAGGAAUUGUCGAGGAAGGAACUAAUGGCUUUGGAUGCUGCCUCUGUAAACUAUCAGGAUAUGCCCGCUGGCACUCCAAAUGGCCACAGCCACGAUGGCGGUGGUGGCCUUUUGGAGGGGCAAACCGAGCUGGAGACAAGCAGCAAGUGCGCCAUGACCAUGACAGACUCGGUGGUGGUGGAUAUGAGUGCAGUGAUGAAUAAUGUUAACUUGAACCUGCAGCAGGAGCACAGCAAUCGCAGGGUCUAAACCAUUAAAGAGUAUAUAUCCCACCCAAUAGUUCGUCAGAUCCAGAAACAGAUCCACCAGCAAGCUAUAACAUAGAUGUAUUAUCCAACCACCAAUAGACCAUCGUGUUCCCCCUCAAAAAAAAAAGAAUGGUUUUCUAAGUCACCAGAGAGAUUGAUCGAAUUACAACCAAAAACAAUAACCAAGGAUAUGGAAAUAAUAUGAAAUAAUAACAUUAACCUUGGAUAAUAUCGUGAGACUGUCUCUGACGAACCCACCCGUAUAUAUAUUGAAUUUAAACCUUUUUUUUGGACCAGUGCCGGAUAGCAAUUAAUCAAUUAGCCUCAACACUUAAGGCAGAGCUCUGCAUAUAUACCGAGUAUAUAUAAUAUAUAUUCACCAAGUAGGAAGAACACAUCAUAUAUAGCACACACACUCUCUCACACACUUUUUACCCCCCAAAAAGAAUCGAAACGAAUCGAAUCGAAAGAGCGAUCGGUGAUCAAUGUGAUCUUGUGUCCUGGAAACUAUGUAUACUUGUGCAUAAUCUAUGGGUAUUAUUUUGUAAGCUCGAUUGUGAUGGGAUCACUGAUUUGUGUUGUUGCUUAUUUCUACGUUAAAUAUUAUGUGUUAUGAAUUCGGGACGAGGAUAUAUAGAGUUAAAAGCAGGUUGUGCCGCGAUGAAGAAGCUGGCCUAGGUUUAGUUCUAGUUUUAGUUCUAAUCACCAUCAGUGAUCAUCUGUUGAUUUCAUUUGAUUUAAACACAGAUGACCCACAAUUAACAAGAAUUUUGAUUAACAAUUAACAAUUAUCAUCAGUCAAUUAUCAAUUAUCACACACGCAUUCGUAGACUGAUAGCAGACUUAGUAGCGAUACCAAAUAAAUAACAUAAAUAUACGUAUAUGCAUAUAUUGCAAAACCUAUUACUUACCAAAUAUCCAGACAUUCGAUUUGUACGCAACAAAUGCAUACGCUGAAAUACAAUAAAAGUUAUUAUACCAUUAA